UGUUAGCGACUCACAAACGGAACAACCGAGCACUCGGAAAUCGGUCAGUGGGACUGAGGAAUUCCAUCUUUUUUUUCUUUCUACAGGGGGCAUUAUUUCAGAACUUGGCGCGGCGAAUGAGCUUUGUUUUUUCGGUCUCAGCCCGUCUCGGUCGGUGGGGAGAGAAAUGCGAGGAUUCGUCAGGUUAUGCCGGUGCGGCUGAACGGAGGGACCAUGGAGUGAUCCGGGGGAAGGGGACCUAUCACGCCGAGACGCUGGUGUCGGAGCGGGGGGCUUUUCACACUCUUUCCCGAUGUGUUCCGCCGAGUUAAACAUCUAACCUCUCCGCCGAGGGGCUUUUUUUUUUUUUUUUUUUUUUUUGCCCGCAGGGGAGCGACUUCCCAAACGGACACUUUUCCAUUGGAACCGCGAGCGUGGAAGACAUUGUGACCCACCUGGGGUUCGGGUGUCUUUUUUUGAGGCGCACCCAGCCUCUUUGGACAUGCUGGGAGUCCACAGAGCACACUUUUAAAAAAAAUCGCCCACAUGCGCCGGGUCAAUCUCUGCAUUUGGGUACCGAAUACGCAGAAGGGAGGUCGGGGAUCCGGAGGAUGGAGCCGUGUCACCGGGGUUGCUGAGAGCCUCACUCCGGCCCACUUUGCUGAUCUUAUUCCCCGAACAAGUCGCGUCUGUUCCCAGGACACAUGCAGGCCAAAAAACGCUACCUGAUCCUGCUCUCGGCCGGGGCUUGUCUGGUGCUCCUCUACCUCGGAGCGGUGCCGCUUCCAGCAGCGAGCAGGCACCGGCAUGAUAUCAGCCGUCAUGGGUACCGACCCGACCACCCCUGGCCUCACUUCUCGGACCCUUUACACCCCUUCGUGGCGUGGGACCACACCGACACCGAUGAGUCCGACGUGCACACGUCAGUGAGGCAGAAGCGGGUGGUGAACACCAGUGUUUACAAAGGCAAGCGGUGCCGGAUGGACUCAUGUUUUGACUUUUCUCUGUGUAAAAAGACUGGAUUCAAAGUUUAUGUUUACCCGCAGCAGAAGGGAGAGAAGAUAUCUGAGAGUUAUCAGAACAUUUUGGCCACUAUCGAAGGGUCCAGGUUUUACACCUCAGACCCGAGUCAGGCGUGUCUGUUUGUGCUGAGCUUGGACACCCUUGACAGGGACCAGCUGUCUCCACAGUACGUCCACAACCUGAAGACCAAGAUCCAGAACUUGCCCUUGUGGAACGAUGGCAGGAACCAUCUCAUAUUUAAUUUAUAUUCCGGGACUUGGCCGGACUACACGGAAGACUUGGGCUUCGACAUUGGCCAGGCGAUGCUGGCCAAGGCCAGUAUCGGGACCGAGAACUUCAGACCCAACUUCGACGUCUCCAUCCCGCUUUUCUCCAAGGAACACCCGAGGACCGGCGGAGAAAGGGGCUACCUUAAAUACAACACCAUCCCGCCGUUUCGAAAGUACAUGCUCGUUUUCAAGGGGAAGCGCUAUCUCACCGGUAUCGGUUCGGACACCAGGAAUGCCUUAUAUCACGUCCACAACGCGGAGGACGUGGUGCUGCUCACCACCUGCAAGCAUGGCAAAGACUGGCAGAAGCACAAGGACGCGCGCUGUGAUAAGGACAACGCGGAAUACGACAGGUAUGACUACAAAGAGAUGCUCCAUAACUCCACCUUCUGCUUAGUGCCCCGAGGCAGAAGGCUGGGCUCCUUUCGCUUCCUCGAGGCCCUGCAGGCCGCGUGUGUGCCGGUGAUGCUGAGUAACGGCUGGGAGCUGCCUUUCUCCGAGAUCAUCAACUGGAACACGGCGGCAGUCAUCGGUGACGAGAGACUCCUUCUGCAGAUUCCCACCACGGUGCGCUCCAUCCACCAGGACAAGAUCCUGUCACUCAGACAGCAGACACAGUUCCUGUGGGAGGCCUACUUCUCCUCUGUGGAGAAAAUAGUGCUGACCACACUGGAGAUCAUUAAGGACCGGGUUUUGGAGCACAACUCCAGGAGCAGCCUGAUGUGGAACAGUCACCCUGGGGGGCUCUUUGCUCUGCCGCAGUACUCGGGCUACCUUGGAGACUUUCCCUUCUUCUACGCCACUCUGGGGAUUAAACCGUACCCAAAAUUCACCGCCGUCAUCCACGCCGUCUCCAAUCUGGUGUCCCAGUCCCAACCCAUCCUCAAACUGCUGGUGGCAGUGGCCAAGUCCCAGUACUGUGCACAGAUUAUUGUGCUAUGGAACUGCGACAAGCCCCUCCCGGCCAAGCACCGCUGGCCCGCCACCUCUGUGCCAGUCAUCGUCAUCGAAGGCGAGAACAAGGUGAUGAGCAGCCGCUUCUUCCCCUACGACGCCAUAGUGACGGAUGCUGUCCUCAGCCUGGAUGAAGACACGGUGUUGUCCACCACCGAGGUGGACUUCGCCUUCACCGUAUGGCAGAGUUUUCCGGAACGAAUCGUGGGCUAUCCCGCACGCAGUCACUUCUGGGACAGCAACAAGGAGCGCUGGGGUUACACGUCCAAGUGGACCAACGACUACUCCAUGGUGCUGACAGGAGCAGCAAUGUACCACAGGUACUACCAUCACCUGUACACCAACUACCUGCCCUCCAGUCUGAAGACCAUGGUGGACCAGCUGGCCAACUGUGAGGACAUCUUGAUGAACUUCCUGGUCUCUGCCGUCACCAAGUUGCCACCCAUCAAGGUCACCCAGAAGAAACAGUACAAGGAGACCAUGAUGGGCCAGUCAUCAAGAGCGUCUCGCUGGGCCGACCCGGACCACUUCGCUCAGCGGCAGACGUGCAUGAACAAGUUUGCCAGCUGGUUUGGCGCCAUGCCGCUGGUGCGCUCCCAGAUGAGGCUGGAUCCGGUCCUGUUCAAGGACCAGGUGUCCAUCCUGCGUAAGAAGUACAGGGACAUCGAGAGGCUCUGACCCGCCCGCCGAAGGAGAAGCACUCUUGGAGAGAAACUAUCCCGCUGGCUCAGCAAGGUGUCUGGUUACCUAGCAACCUACCCCGCAUCAGGACACCAUGACAACCCAACUCAACCCCAGCUGCUUUGUCGCCUGGUUUGAUUUUUGUACAAAUCAGUUGUAAACAAGGGUUGGAAUUUUUCAAAGCAGACAAUUCUUUUUUUUUUUAGUUAUGAUCACAACUUCCUCAUUCAGGCCUUAAUGUCUUUUUUUUUUUUUUUUAACAUCUUUUCUUUCCUGCCAUGUGCUCGUCGUACUUAAACCUGGUCACCGUUUCCUGGGAGUGCCAACUUUGUUUUUUUAAGUUAUUUAUUGCUGCCUCGUUUACUUUGAGACACCCAGGUGCUCUUCUUUUUCAAAAAUGCCAAUCAGUCCACUAACAAGCAUUAGCAUUAGCAUUGGGGAGCAUCUUCGACAACAACGUGGCUGACAGUCAUUGAUUAACUUGAAUGAAAACAACACAUUAUUAUUAUUAUUAGCAGCCUUUCUGUCAGACUUGCAAUCAGCAUUGAAAAGUCUAAGUAGAGCACGAGUGCAAGGGAAGUAACACUGUCAGAAACUCUGCACUCUAAGUGUACUUCCUAAAGUGCACUUGCCCAGCGUCAAAAACAUGGUAGGAAAUCAUCUACUCCAGGGUCAAACUGUCGCCGCCAUAAAGUGGUUAAUUAAUGAAGUGUCCAGGCGACGUUUUAAGGAACAUGGUCACACAAGUAUUAGAAGGUGUAAAGUUUAUAAUAUAUAUUUUUAAAAACGUGUACGAAGUGAAAUGUUAGGUGCAGAAAACAAUAACUGGGAGAUGACUGCAUUAACUUCACUCUUUCAUCAUUUGUGUCAACUUCUAUGGUCGUCGUCACAUUUUUCAAUAUUUGCCAUCAGUGGUGUGAGCCAACAAAACGUUCAAAGAAAAGCAAAACUCCACUUUUUAUAGGUUUACAAAGACAGUCAUACUGUUUUUUUUUAUUUUUAUUCUAUUUUAGCUUAUGUCAGUUUUUUCUCAAAAAGAAAAAAAAUGUCAUGAAAAAUAUAAUUUUCUUUGCCAAUUUAGCCUUGAUUUAUGGUGCAAUAUGUAAUGUUACACAUUACAAAAUGUAAUAAUAAACCUUUGAAAUGUAAUGAAGUUUUUAUAAUUAAUGCAUGACAUUGGAUGGUUUAUUACAUAACGCACCAAAUUGUUACCUUUGACUGUAUAAAUGUGGCAUUAUUACGCAAUGGGGUGAAAAUUGAUUUAUUUCACCAUUAUUACAUACAUUGUUUACAAGGCUAAAUUGCAAAGAACAUUUUUUUUUUUUUUACUUUUAAACAAUUUUCCAUGUCAUUUUUUUUAUUUUGGAAAAAAAUGAUGCUAAAGUAGAAUACAAAAUAGCAUGACUGUCAAGGCAAACUUCUAUAAAAAUGUUUGCUUCUGAAGUUUUUAUUUUUAAUUGUUUUUUUUUUUACCUGCGAUGUUACAAGCCUUAAAGUUACUUUGUACUGAUGAAAUAUUGUGAGUAGAGAAAUACUUUUUUCAAUCAAUGAAUUAGUUUUGCAGUGGAACACAGCAAAGGCACUGUCUAAUAUCAUAAAAUCCCGACUGAGUUUAAGCUCCAUUUGAAUGAUCAUGUACUUCCUGUGUUCAUUUCAACACGUGACUGAAUGUUGCAUUCAAGUGUUCAUCCUAAGCACUUUUUUCCUACUUGAUGUAUCAUUAUUAUUAUUAUUAUUUCAACAUCACAUUUCUUUUUUUUUUUUUAAAUGUCUGCUUUUUUAUAAACCGUGUAUAAUUGUUGGAGACGAUGGAGUAAACGUACAUUUUCUUCGGCCUUGCAGAUCAAAUCAUAAUUGUACAUAAACAUAUAUUUAUUUUUGGAAAGAGGACUGCACACUACGAGGUGGAUCCUGCAUCGCUGAGGGGAGUUCAUGUAUGAAAUUGUAUUGCCAAUAAUCCACCACAUUUAAAUGAACCGCGGCUCGAACAGAGCACUCAUGCAGCCUUGGAUCAUGCUGAAAGUGAGUUAUUAAGUGUGUCGAGUCGUGCUGUACACAGACUACUCUCAAGUUGCAUCACAUAAACGGUCUCGUGCGCCAUCGCCGUGGAAUUGAGUGGGGGAUGCACCGUCUUGGCUCUCGGCGUGAGUUCAAUUGCAAAAUGGCGAUAAAAAGCAAGAGGAGGAUAAUAAAAAGUGCGCGCAGCAGAUGGAAGCAUUUAGAAGAGCUGUAGUAAAAUGUUGGAUGAUGACGAGCGCUGACAUCAUCCUGGCAGUUUGUGUCCCAACACUAAAAGGAUGGCUAAGUUCCUGGCAUUCCCGCUGCAUCAGGACCAAAAGAAAAAUAUGCAAGUUGAAAUAGUUGUGGAAGCUCUUCCCCAAAACCAAACACGUGACGGACAAUUAAUGUUUCUUGGUUGUUUGUUUGUGCCUUUUUUGUCCACCUCAGUUCUUGCACUGCCGAGGACUUUCUGUUGUGGACGAAACCCCCGCUUUUGUUUUUAAUGCACAGCGUUACCACGACGACCAUGUUCUGGGAUACUGCUCAAUCACGCCUGUCAGAGCUGAUAAGUGACCGACUGUCCUGAUGCCUUCUCCUCCUCCUCCCGCCCAGUGAGUCCAGACUUUUCUAGCGCUCGCAGGUCACCAUUAAGAAGAAAUAUGCUGAUUUUGUAAGAAUGAUUUAUAAUAAAACAAACUUAUUUGACCAUAAUUGUGUCUCACUGAACAACUUCUAUUCCCUCCAUACUCACUUCAGAGCUCUUAACUCAUUUCCUGUGCUCAUAAAAUAAAGCUAUGUCCAUCUCUAGCUAUAAGCUAAUGCUAAUACAAGACCAGUUAUUGUACA